CGAACAGGAAAACGGGGAGGCGGGACGAAGGAAGAGAAAAACCGGAUUGUCGUUAUAUUUUUUUUCAGCCCUCGCGUACGGGGGGAUAAUGUCAGUAGAUUGAAGUAGCUCCCCCCUCCCCUCCGUCGUCUGUUGAAUUUUAUAAUAUUUUUAAGUUGUACUUUAGCCGGCGGGUGAAUAGGUGGAGAAAUGGCGAAUGCUGGCAAUCUGAACGCGGUAAGGGAGACGAUGGACGUUCUUCUGGAAAUUUCGCGAUUGCUGAAUACUGGUCUGGAUAUGGAGUCUCUUUCAAUUUGUGUCCGCCUUUGCGAACAAGGAAUCAAUCCCGAGGCCUUGGCUUCAGUGAUUAAGGAGCUGCGCAAGGCUACUGACUCGCUCAAAGCUGCUGAGAAUAUGACUGGCUGACAUCAGCUUUGUGAUGGAGCUCCCAACUUGGUGCCUGUAUCAGGUCGCACUGAAAAUCUUUGAGAUAAAAAAAUGUACAGAACUGGCAAAAAACAAACUCAUUUUUGUAUCAUAGAAUGGUAAUUCCCACAUGCUGGAGUAGUCUGAUGUUGACAUGCAUAUGCUUGCUAUAAAGAAACACAAUGAAUUCGCUAACCUGUAUUUAAAAUGUGCAUUGUUGAGUCAAAAAGGAAAAAUGUGAAAAGCACUGACCACUUGCAGGAGGCCAAUUACUAAACCUUUGACAGCAUAAUUUAACUUGGAUUAUGUGGCUGGAAAUGCCAAUUUUAAGUUUGACCAUGAUUGAUAUUGAUACUAAUCCUAAUUAUGCUUUUUUAUGUGGCCUUUCUGUUUGGGAGCAAAUUGUACUUCAGCUCUAAGCACAUAAUGACUAGUGUGGAUCAUUCUGAAGCUGAUCCUUUUACAGUUUUUUAAUACUGUAUUACACAUUAGCAAGGCAAUGUGAACAUUAUUUAAACAUGCUUUGUCUUUUUCCCUUUAGAACCGUAAGCAGCUACCACCUUUACAGUUGAUCACAAUCUUCUGAAAAUAAGCAAUGCUCAAUUAAAUCCGUUUAGUUCUGAAAAAUAAUCUAUUUCCAAUUAGUAAAUUAAUAUUGUAAUUUACAACUGUUACAAUUUUAUCAGGUUGACAAAUCCAGAUUGUAGAAUUCUACUGGCUCCAAAGUUUUUGCAGAUUGAGGUUUUUCUGCAGCAAACUACUAACAGAUUCACUCCAGGAUUAUGGUUUGUGAGCAUUGCCUAGUUUUUAAAUGACUGCAUAAAUACACUCCGUCCUUAUGCUUGAGUUUUUGUGUCCAUUUCUAAUAUCUUUCCUCCUUGUUUAAAGUUACUGUACAAGCUAAAUAUGGUUUUGUAUCAGUGGUAACAGUUAAACAACUCUUGUAUAAAUGUACACAAUAAAUAAACCUUUUCACUUAA